UUGUUGCUGUUUAGUGGAUGGCUGUCUAAACAAUAACAAAAGACAGCCUCCAUCAAUGCAAAUUUCAAUUUUCAAUAAUAGUAUACAUUAUAUAUAAUACUCGUAUAUGAUCGUCACUGCUUUGCUUUUCCAUCCCAAAAUUCGCCAUCUCUAGCAUUUAAUUAAUUUCGUUUUCUAGCAUAUAUAAAAGAACAGAAAGAUGGCGGAUCCAAACACAAUUAGGACAGUUGUAGGAAUUAUUGGUAAUGUCAUUUCUUUCUUCCUCUUCCUGUCCCCAGCGCCAACAUUUGUGAAAAUUGUGAAAGCAAAGUCUGUGAUGGAAUUCAAUUCCGACCCGUAUGUAGCAACUAUACUCAAUUGUGCAGUGUGGGUAUUUUAUGGUAUGCCCUUUGUUCACCCUGACAGCCUUCUUGUCAUCACCAUUAAUGGAUUUGGUCUCUGUAUUGAGUUGUUCUACGUCGCCAUCUUCUUCAUCUACUCCGAUUGGGCUAAGCGCCGAAAGAUCAUAAUUGCUUUGAUAAUUGAAGCAAUCUUCAUGGCGCUCCUCAUCUUUGUUACACUAACAUUCCUCCAUGGCACCAAGGAUAGAUCCAUGCUUAUAGGAAUUGUUGCUAUAGUCUUCAAUGUCAUCAUGUACACCUCACCACUAACAGUCAUGAAGAAAGUGAUCACCACCAAGAGUGUGAAAUACAUGCCAUUUUACUUGUCACUAGCAAACUUUGCUAAUGGCAUCGUUUGGUCAGCCUAUGCACUCCUCAAAUUUGAUCCCUACAUCCUGAUACCCAAUGGACUGGGAUCAUUAUCUGGAUUAGUGCAGCUGGUCCUCUAUGGAACAUUUUACAAAACUACCAAUUGGAACGAAGAUGAUCAAAAAGAAGUUGAACUCAGCAAUUCCAAAUCCUCCAAGUCAGAUGUCUGAUAAACGAAGGGCAGAGGAAAAACUCCCACACUAAUUUUCUAAGUGUAUAUAUACGGUGUGAUAAAGAGAGAAAUAGAAAGGAAAAAAAAAAAAAGUUUACCAUUUCAAUAGUACAGAAAACAAAAGUCUACCCUUUUCACUUCAUUCCAUUGUACAGGAAAUGAUUUAUCAAAAUAAACAAUCAUUGUGCUCAUAUACCAAAAAUAUAUGUAUGAGAUACUUGAUUAUCAUUA